UUCUCGACUCUUCGUGCUAUUGGGUGAUCGGUCAGUCGGUUGGUCGAGUCAGUUCGCGUUUGUUGUUUCUCGUACGAGGUCCGGUGGGGUAUUGUCGCGAGCUCAUACUCUAUUUACGUUUCUCGUCGAGAGAUUUGCAUUGCCGGGAUGCCGAAAAGGAAGAGUCAAGCAUUGAUAGACUCCGAUAGCAGCGGGAGUGCGUCAGAAAGCGGUUCAGACUUGGACAAUGACCUAUUGUCAUUGGCAAAGAAAAAGAAACGAAAGUCUCAAGAUGAUUCUCAGUCGAAUGAAGAUAACGGAGCCAUUAAAAAAGACGUUAAACACGAUACAGACACGUCAGAUUCCGACGACAAUUGGAAUAGCAAGACUGGAAAAACCAAGAAAAAGAAAGUGCCAAAAAAGAGCAAGCGGAAGAUGACAAAAUCUAGUACAGAAGAUAGUGCUAGUGAGAAAGAACCAGCCAAGGAACUUUCAGAGCCAGAAGAAGGUGAAGUGUCAGAUUCGGAUGCGAGUGUUUCCGAUUCUAGCCAAGAAGAAUUCAACGAUGGUUACGACGACAAACUCAUGGGUGACGCAGAAGAUCAAGCUAGACUCGCUCAAAUGACCGAGAAGGAACGGGAGCAAGAAAUUUUUAAACGAAUCGAGCAACGUGAGAUCAUGAAAACAAGAUUCGAAAUUGAAAAGAAAUUACGAAUGGCUAAGAAACAGGAAUUGAAAAAGCAAAAGGAAUCGAAGAAGAAGGAGAAGGGUAUUGAGGAGAGACAAAAAGUAGACAGGGCACCGGACCCUAAGGAAAGAAGUAAGGAUCGUAAGAAAACGAUAGAAGAGAAGCAGGAUAAGAAGUUCCAUGCAAUGUCGCUGCUUAAAGCGAGACGCGAAGAGAAGAAGGAACGAGAGGAAAAAGAGAAACAGAGGAUAGAGCAGCAACAGCAACAGCUGAAGGAUAUAGAGGAAGAAGAGCUGGAAGAUGAUCAUAAGGGUGGCGGAAAUAAGACGAAACUUAAAGCAUCAGAUAUAUAUUCCGAUGACAGUGGUUCAUCGGAUAGUGCGGAAGAGGAAGAGGAAGUAGCGAAACCAUCGUCUCAACGUAGAUCAUCCUCCAGCGAAAGUCGCGACUCGGAUUCUGAUAAUGAUAAAAAAUCGGUUACUAGUGCCAAGGCUAGACCGAAGAAGCCGGUAUACAUUAGUACUAAGGAAGAUCUAAACAAGAUUCGAUUAUCUCGUUACAAGAUGGAGAGAUUCGUCCAUUUACCUUUCUUCGACAGGGUAGUGCAGGGCUGCUUCGUCAGAAUUGGGAUCGGCAAUAAUAACGGUAAACCUGUCUAUAGAGUAGCCGAGAUAAGCGGCGUGUGCGAGACGGGGAAGAUUUAUCAGCUCGGCGGCACGAGAACGAACAAGGGAUUGAAGUUGCGCCACGGUGCGCAGGAACGCGUGUUUAGGCUGGAGUUCGUCUCGAACCAGGAGUUCACGGACUCGGAAUUCUUCAAGUGGAAAGAAACGUGCGCGUUGCAAGGGAUAUCGACGCCUACGUUUGACGAGGUGGAACAAAAACUGAAGGAUAUUAAGGAGGCGUUGGUAUACGAGUUCAAGGAGGAGGAUAUAGAGAAGAUAGUCCGCGAGAAGGAGAGAUUCAAACAAACGCCGUACAAUUAUGCAAUGAAGAAGGCUCAAUUGAUGAGGGAACGCGACGCAGCUAACUGCAGGGGAGAUGACGAGACUGCUAGUCGUCUUAACCAGGAAUUAAGCGAGUUGGAGGAGCGCGCGUCGGAACUGGACAAGAUGCGUACAGCAACCAUCUCCAGUAUAUCGUACAUAAACGAUCGCAACAGAAAGAGAAACGUGGAGCAGGCUGAGAAAGCUAUAAUGGAAGAAAUAAAGGCUAAUAAGGGCAAGAAAGUCGACGAUCCAUUCACCAGGCGAAGUACUAAACCGAGGAUGGUGUACAAGCCGGAAGAUGAAUCUGAGACAAUAACCGCAACUCCAGUAAGCGACAAGUCGAAUGCCCAUCCGGCUGGGGAUUCGAUGUCGACUGCUAACGAUAAAGAGAACGGACAGGAAUCUAAGAAGAAGCAGAGCACGGAAGACCUGUUCGAUGCACAUGAUUUCGAUAUAACCAUUGAUCUGGAAGUUCCUAUUCCAAACAACCCUGUCAGUGUCUUACCGAAACCUAUCAACAAUAUCAAGGACACGGGACCUCGUCGAUCAUUAAAUCUAGAAGAUUAUAAAAAGAAGCGUGGCCUCAUCUAACAGUCGACACGUUCUCGACGUUGUAAAGACACGACAAGUUAUCGAAGCAACUAUCUUGUAGCAAUUAAAGGUAUCGCCUCGCUUCGCCAAACGCGAUUGGCGAAUGAGGAGCUGAUGUAUGUUCUUAUUCAUUAUAACGAUUGACUGAUUGAAAUCUGAUUAUUUAUAUAACGUUUGUAAUAUCAUUACUCUAAGACGACUGAACCUUUUCUGUUUAAUACGUUGAGUGCCGAUGAUCGUUCACGUUGAUUUUACACGCGAAAUAUUAUUAGCUGGUGUUGUAUUACAAUUAAUCGUAAUAAAUAAAAAAAAGGAGAAAUGUAAACUAAUACUCGAUGAUUUUUAGGGUAUUUCGGUAAAGAGCAUUGCUAGCUACUACGUCCAUUCAUCGUGACACUCAGCAUAUUAUACAUCUUAAAUCUUUCCAAUUAGGACGAAGCGACUUUUUGUCAUGCUCCAGACACUGCGCUACAUGAAACGUAUAACUGGGUUCUCCCAUGAAAAUGACACAAUUGGAACAUGUUCUUUAAUAGCUACAUAAUUAAAGGCUAAGGCGUAUUAUUUGAUAUCAAGAGAAAUAUAGUGCUCUUUAUCUUCCAACGUUGUAGCGCUCUUGUGUUUCAUAUCUAAGAAUAAGAAAGAAGAUAUGAAAAAAUAUAUGCAAAGGAAGGAAGAUACACUUGCAUUUAACGAUGGAAAAACUAUUAGCCAUGUGAGUAAACUCUACGCUACUUACGGAAAUAUUUGUUCAAGAAUAUAGAAAUUAAUUACAACGCAACGUAAUUACAAUACGCGAUACAUAUGUGAGCGCGUCGUAUAUUGUGUACAUGAUAGAAUAAAAAAAUCUUGCUAAAAAGUCAUUUUGUCAUAAAACAGAAUGCAUAUAAUUAACGUAGAUAAUAAUUAAUUAUAUUAAUAUCAAGUAAUCAUUAUUACUCUUAAUUAAAUCUCUCUCGCGCACAUAUAUUUCUACUGUAAUUAAUGCAUUUUGAAGUAUGAUAUAUUGCCGUUUUAAUAUUUGUCGCAAUUUAGUGCCAACAUAAUUUCUAUGAAAAAAACAUUGUAUAUAAAUCAUGCAUCUAUUUCGAAUUUGUUAUAAUUUUUAUUCUUCGGGAAGGGACUUGGGGAUAUUGAUACAAUCGAAAAAAAGUACCGUUAAUAAUAUAUAGAUUUUUUUCUUAUUUAAAUUGAGAAAUUAGCCGAGCUAAUUAGAAACUAGCUUAAGCCAUCAGAUUGAUGGCACCUUAUUAUUAAUCAAUUAAUUAAUUAGUUUUUUAUGAAUUUAACAUUGUUGAAUGUAUUGUAAUUUUGCAAUGAAGAUACAUCGGUUGCGUACAAAAUAGCAUACAUUUAUUAUCAUGGCAUAUAAGAACACAUAAUAUAUAUGCAAAACGGAAAUUGUAUUCUAUUUUAUUAUAUCGUAACAUGAUAUUUUUUCGUAUACGUAUUUAUAUAUUUGUCGAAAUUGUAUAUACAUAUAUUUAGACAUGUGCUAUGUUUAAACAUAGAUAAGCUUGGAGAACUUUUUUUUUAUCAUUUUCAAGUUCUAUUUUUCUGACUGAGAAAACAUCUUUGAAAAAGUUAUAUUGUACUUGUGUAAGCAGCAUUGGCAUUGCUUACCUCGUGAUUAUAAAAAGCAAUCUAUAUCUGUAUAAUAUAUUCUUUGUAUGGUAUAUUCACGAAGAAGUUAGAGAGAGCCAAGCGCUAAAAUGAUAGCAUAAUGUUUAUAAUACUCGGAAGAGUGACAAGUAAUAGAUAGAAUUAAAAAAUAGGUCAAGUUCUUAUACACUUUUUAUUAUUUUGAAGUAGUAUAUAAGUUACGUGCAAAAGUUAGAUUUAUCAAUAUAGCGCGUAUAACAGCUUUGUUUUUUUCUUUUUUGUUUGUUAUUGAUGUGAUGCGUAAUUUUUUAAUUAUUCUUACGAUGUCUAAAAUGAGUUUUACAAUUAUGCGUUAUCACAAAACACGUACGUUUUAUCAGAAAAAUAUCUAUGUGCACGGUUCUAGCAUUAAUUAUAUCAUUUAUUGUAAAUUAUGAAGAAAUUUGUCUAUGAGAUAAUGAUUUUGUCUAUUAUUCUAGGGUAUACGUAAUGGUGUCUGUUGCUCUUAAAUGUACAAAGAUACGAUCACUGUAAACUGUAUAAUUACUAUUAUUAUCAGUAUUAAGAAAAUAUAUGCGAGUACUCAAAAACCUA